AUGUGGCGGUUGAUACUGGCACUAGCUGUCGUGUGGACAGUUAGUGCGCACGAUGAUGAGAAUCACAGUUUGGUGGGUAACGAGCAAGUGCCCGCCAAGGACCGCGUUUUUCUGAAAUUCCCGAGCUCCUACGUCAAUUUCACCGCCGAGAACUGGAAGUUGAAAGGUUCGUUCGGCGAGAGCUCUUCGCAACUUUCAAAUGCAAGUGUCAAGAGAGAGAGAGAGACCCCAAACUGAUAAAAAUGAUGGCGGCGGUAAGAAGUGAAAGGACGCAAGAGACCCUUAAAAGUGUCGAUGUGCGUGUGUGUGUGUGGGCAAACACGCGAAUGUUUGUUCUGAAGGGCAUAUUCGUACGAAUGCAUCAUCAAUGUUUUCGAAAUGAUGAGUUUGUCGAUGAUCGAACGAUGGUACGGACGGCUUUACCGGCGGCUACCAAGUACAUGUUUUUGCAUGACUCAGGAUGGCAUGUAUCGUAAUGUAUAUAAUAUUGUAUAGAACAGGCGCAGAUACUUUGAGGGACUCUCCCCGAGAUAUAAUGUCUGGAAUGACUCCAAAGCUGAAAAUAUGGGCGUGGCCUCGGCCAAAUGGCGUUUUCAUGAAUUGAGCACGUUUUCUCUGAUUUUUGUCGUCAAAGGCGAUGAAAAAUGAUUGUUCGACAUGAAAACACACUAAUUCUCACAGAAUUAAUGACUUUUUGGCGCAUUUUUCGCGGACUUUGCUUUUUCGCCUUCGCCGCCGAUCGCCGCCUAAAAACCGCACUUCUCAUUUUGCGCUUUCUCGACCGUUUUCAGACAGAAUUGGUUUUGAGAAUUAUAAAUCACGUGAAUACAAACAUUUUGAGCGCUCGAACAGCGAAAAUUACCGAAAAGCAACUGAAAUUCACGCAGUCUUAGCCAAAAACCUUCAAACGGAUAAAUGUGUUUUGCGACUUGACCAAAUUUAACGCUCUUGCGCUUAAAAAAUUCGUAAUAGCCUAUACAAUCGGUCUAUCGAGAGACAAAUGAGAAAUUAUCGGUUUUUUGUGGCUAAUCUGGCAAAAACACAAACUUUGCUGUUAACAUUUGAAUUUCGCGUCAAUCUGUUGGGCGGAGCGCACUUGCGCCCAUUGUCAGCUCUGGAGACCGUGAAUUCCGUUUUUGCAGAAAAGUGUAAAAUGCAUUGUUUGCUCAGAAAUCGGCCAAUCCUGAUUAUUUUCAGAAACUGACGACCAGCUGAUUCUCGCCGUCACUUUCCAAGCCUCCACUCACAUUGGCCAGGUCUACAGCGUUCGUUUCAUUCAUUCCAAUGGAUCUUUGGAAGCGCUCGUACACUUUCCCUUCCCCGUUUCAUACUCGUAAAGUUGCUUUUUCAGUUGACAGUGAGCAUUGCCGAAGGGAACCUUCAAAUCGACCUCUACAAUAGUCAGCAUGUGAAAAUUCUCAACAAACCAAUGGAGAAUGUUCCUGUCAGUAAGUUGUUUUUUGCCGCUUCUUUUUCUGGGCAAGAAAAUCGAUAUAAUUUGAGACCAGCACGAGCACAGUCUGGCCGUUGGCCUGAACAGCACCGCCCGCAACCUCUGGUACCGAAUCGGUUCGGCCGACGACUUGAACUGCGAGCUCAACCAGCCGAUCCACGUGGCCAACACAGAAGUGGUGGUCACUUUGGGCGGCGGCGGACAGGCGAUGAUCGGAUGCGUCUCCAUUGUGGCCGUUUCGGCGGGCACGAAUCCGCCGACGGCUCACGGCACUCCGAUUGCGUAUCAAGACGUUGACACGUGUCCCGAAGCGGAUGAGUGCACCACGAGGGAUUGUGGAAUGGUAGGAGCACGGCAGAAGGCGUGAAGAUCGUGAACUGAUUGCAGGGACGGUGCAAGCUUCUGGAGGUGCCCACGUGUGACUGCUACGCAACCGAAAUGACCGGACCGAAUUGUCGGAGAAGUGAGUCGUCAGAAAACUUGACCUACAAUACAUUUUCGUUGUAGUCGCCCAAACGGUCCAACUGCGCAACAACGACGAGAACGAGGAGGCGUCCGCGUACCUGAGGUUCACCCCGUGGACACCGGACCAGUACGUCUCGCGAAUCGCCAUGGACUUUCGGUUCUCGGAUGCCGAUGCGAAGGAGGGCAUUCUAGUGUACGGAGAGACGACGAUCCGGCAGAUAUUCAAGAUUUACGUCGUCGGCACGAAGGGAAACGUCGUGCUGGGCACUGAGAGCAUUUUCGAGUUCGACCUGAAACCCGAUGAUUCCAUGUAAGCUUUUAUGGAUUUUGUAUCCGUCACAUCACGGUCUCCAGAGCUGACAAUAUGGGCGCAAGUGCGUCCCGCCCAAUAGAGCGAUACAUUGGCGCGAAAUUCAAAUUUUAACAGCAAAAUUUGUGUUUUUUGUCAGAUUAGUCACGAAAAACCGAUAAUUUCUCAUUUGUCUCUCGAUAGACCGAUUGUAUAGGCUAUUACGAAUUUUUUAAGCGCAAGAGCGUUAAAUUUGGUCAAGUCGCAAAUCACAUUUAUCCGUUUGAAGGUUUUUGGCUAAAACUGCGCGAAUUUCAGUUGCUUUUCGGUAGUUUUCGCGGUUCGAGCGCUCAAAAUGCUUGUAUUUACGUGAUUUAUCAUUCUCAAAACCAAUUCUGUCUGAAAACGGUCAAGAAAGCGCAAAAUGAGAAGUGCGGCGAUCGGCGGCGAAAGCGAAAAAGCAAAGUCCGCGAAAAAUGCGCCAAAACGUCAUUAAUUCUGUAAGAAUUAGUGUGUUUUCAUGUCGAAAAAUCAUUUUUCAUCGCCGUUGACCACAAAAAUCAGAGAAAACGUGCUCAAUUCAUGAAAACGCCAUUAGGCCGAGGCCACGCCCAUAUUGUCAGCUCUGGAGACCGUGCCGCGCACAUGUAUAAUGCCGCGUCCAAAGUUAAAAAAAAAACCCCGGAAAUCACGCGGAUUUUGCUGGGAUUCCCUUGAACUUUGGACGCUUUUCUUAAACUUUGGACGCGGCAUAAUAGUUGAGUUUACAGAUUCCACAGCAUAAUAGUCCGUUUCACAAACGAGAGCAUCCUUUUGUACGUGGACCAGUUGACGCACCGCCGUCACUUCAACGAAUCGCUGCACUUCACCACCAUCCAGUUCGGCGCUCCGAUCCCCACGGACGUGUCGGAAGUGGGAGUGACCGCCUGUGUCAAGAACAUUUACGUGGACCAUUACGACAUCAUUGAUCUCAUGAGUUAUUACAACGAUUCGAGGGUUGUGACAACAAAAGUGCGGCCGUGUGUCGACGAGGAAGCGUCGAGCAUUUCUGGAGCCAAAAUGUUCUCCGCCGAUCCGGUUGUGGUCAGUUUGUGGAUAGCUUCUAACUUUGAAAAGAGACAUUCAGGUGCUUCCCUCCGAGCCAGAAGCGAACGACGGAAAGACUGAAGAUGGCGACGACGAGCCGCUCUCCGCCAACCUUUUCCCAAUUCCUGGCAACAAGAAAAGUUAGCAAGACCCCCGUUUCCCCGACCACUUUUCACGUGUUCAGAACCGCGGAUAAUGUCGGCAUCGACUUGCGAGAAGCCCAACGCCUACAUGUGUCAGAACGGAGCCAGUUGCAAGAAGGAGAGCGAGACCGAGUUCACGUGCUUCUGUCGCGACGGCUACAUCGGCAAGUACUGUCAGUUCAGUGAGUGCACCGCUUUCAACUUUCAUUCUUUUCUCCUUUCCCAAAUUUUUUUAGCGACCCUGCCUCGUUCCUGCGCGGAAGCCUACGACUUUCUGAAGCUUCCGAACGGUCCCACGUGGGUCGAUGUUGAUGGAAACCGAAAACUCGAUCCGUCGGUGACCAUGUGCUCGAACGGAGAGUAAGUCUUGUAGAGUCAUGUUGUAGACUCAUAAUAUUUGUGAUUCCAGAACCAGUAUCCCUCAUGACAUGGCCGCAGGUACCGUAGUCCGAGACGCCGGCUUUCAGAAUCAUUCGCUCUUCGUGCUGAGCUAUCGCGACUUUAAUGUAAGUUCACGGGACGUCUUCCCUGACUACACCGGAACUUUAGAACUGGCAACUGUCAAAGUACAUUAAAAAUUCGGGAAAAUGCUCUCAAAACGUCAACUAUCGAUGCAAUAAGGCUCCAUUACGGUACACCGACACACUUUUUCCACAUAUUUCACUCGUUUUCUUCAGAUUCAAAGAGGGAAAGACGUGGUUCAAGAGUGUCUCGAACGCGACGAACAAAAUCCGUCAAAUCGGACGGCUCGAGUAUUCUUGCCCGUGUAUGGACACUGGAUGUCAGUCCGGAGGUACCGUUUAUUUUAGGCGGUUAGGUUAUUUAGAUGUAGGCCACUUUAGGCGUUCACACACGAUUCGGUCACUUUGCCAAGAACGGAGAAAAUGUGAAUAUUAAGAAUCGUAAGAGAUUUGGUUUUUGAGUUUGAGUUUGCGUUUGCAUGAGUGUGUGAAUGGGAUUCCAAUGAACGAGUUCGCCUGAUCAAAUUGAGAAAUUUCCAGAAAAAUGCAACUGUGACUCUGGCGCCAUCGCCGAGGACAUUGGAGAACUGACCGGAAGACAGGCGGGCAUCUCUGAAGUCGUCACGCUUUUCGACGAGGCCGACGUGAGAGCCGAGCUGACCAUUUCGGAUUUGAAGUGCUCCGGAUACGGUGAGUCGUCGGUGCUGAGAGCGGGGUACCGAUAAAAAAAAGUGUUUCAGAGAACGAGAAGCCGAUCCGAUUUGCUCAGAAGACAGAGCUGCAAGUUGGUCCGUGGUCCGGCGAGUCUGUGGACCUCCAGUUCCGUACCUCCGACACUCCGGCCACUUUGGUCACUGUGCGCGGGAACUACGGAGAGAACAUCAUCGGAGUCUCGCUUCUCGACGCUCACACAGUUCAGAUCAACAACUUUGAAGCGGUGAAGACUAUCGGAUCGCAGAACAAGUGAGACAUUCUUAGGACACACUGUCUCCCCUUCGGCAAAAAAAAAUUUUCGCGCCCUUUUUUGCGUUCGGCUCUCAGUGUCGAUUUACGGGAGACGCGCUUUCAACUGAAAACGAUGUUUUCCCGAGUUUUUGGGAUUAUGCACACUUUUCCUUCAAAACUUUUGCCUCACGUUUGUUCAUAUGACCGAUAGCUACAAAAUGAUCGCAGAGGGCUCGUGUAAAAGUGAAAAUUCGAAGAGUAAUUUCGCUUUUUAAAUUUGGCUUGAAAAAACGCGAACUUUCGGGAGUUUUGAGAAAACAGGUGACAGAUUCAAAAAACAGUUGCCUCACGCCUGUUCAGCAGACAAAGGCGGUCAUUUUGAGCACAGAGACGGCCCGUAAAAUGCAAAAAUGACUGAGAAAUUUCAGUUUUUGAGGAUUCGGACUGAAAUUCACAGAAAAUUGUAAUAAUGCGCGCUUUCUUGUGGGCAAAACGCUAAUUUAAGGUCACAGUUGCCGUUAACAAUUCGGAAAUUCUCUGUUUUACUUCAUUUUUCUCAUUUUCGGAUGAAAUUUCGGGUUUUCGGAAAAAAAAUCCAGAAAUUUCAACGACACUCCGUUUUAACGCGGCGCUCAAUUUAGCAAUAGCUGUUGUGGAGACAGUGGCGAACAAAGAGAUGUUGAGUUGAAUUGUAUUGUAUUCCAGACUGAACGACAGUUCGUGGCAUCACGUGCUCAUCGAGCUCGCAGACGGAGAGAUCCGGGUUACGGUAGAUGGGGCACACGUGCUGAUGAGCAUUCGGGAGAACGCGGUGCUCGAGGGAAGCGUCGUGUUGGGCGGAGAGGGAGAGUGAGUUGAACUUGUGAACAAUCCAGCUAUACUCUUUUUUUUCCAGUGGUCUCAUUGGUUGCAUCCAAAACGUGCUCAUCAACGACGAGUCUGUAGACCUUCACAAGAUUCUCGAAGCUUCUGGAAAAGCGUCGUCACAAAUCGCGACGAGUUGCGAAUCGUUCUGCACCGCCGACUUUUGUCACAACGGCGCCAAGUGCUACGAAGACUUUGUCGACGGCUCCGCCUAUUGUAGAUGUGCGUUUCCGGACGUGCACUCUGGCGUCAACUGCGAAAUCGACAUCAACGCGAACUCGUCGGUCUCGUUCCACGGAGGACAUCUCAAAUUCGACAACAUCUCCGCCGUGCUGACCGCUCCGAUCUACUUCAGCGUGCGAACGGACCGAACGCACGCGCUUCUCUUCUUCGCCCACGAUCAGAACAACAACUUUCUGCAGGUGCAUCUGUCCGAAGAGGUCAACGUGACGCUGACGCUCAACAAUCUCGACAUUGUGUCGCAGUGCACUGUGCGUGCACAACCGGGCACCGAGUUCGGCGACAUGCGAUGGAUCCAGGUGGCCAUCAGUCACGACUCGAAGUCGUCGCAGUUGCAAGUCGACGACGCCGCCUGCACGAUUCGGACUGUGAGCUCUCUUCUACCGUAAUCCAGUUCUUCUAGUCGUUUCAGUCUCGUCUCCUCUCCCAACUGCCCAUCACUCGUCUCCAUGGCGUCUACAGCUCCGAAGUCGUCCGUCUUCCAGUCGGAUUCGCCGCUCCGAUCCGUCCCGAUCCCUACACCUUCGUCUUCAUCGGAAACGUCGAUGUCGGAGCGAGCACAAAUGGUAUUUAUUAUGCCGCGUCCAAUGUCUCGGAAAAGCUCAACGAAUGUAACCGUACCCCUAAAACUACGGUAUUUUUUUGAAAAUUUGCCCAAGAAAUUUGAAUAUUUUAAAAUAUCCUCAGGAAAUUAACAAAUUUUCAAAAAAUACCGUAGUUUUAGGGGUACGGUUACAUUCGUUGAGCUGUGCGCAUCCCCGUUUUUCACGCAAAUUUCGGCCGACUUUGGACGGAAAAAUAUGCGGUUUUUACGGUUUUUCCGAGACAUUGGACGCGGCAUUAGUUUUAGACAACUCGAAAGCGAAAGAUUACCCAUUUCAGACGGCUCACUUCUCCUGGCUCCAAAGUACGAAUCGCCGAUCCCCAGAUUCUAUGGAUGCAUUCGAGGACUUCAAAUCGACCGCAAAUUGAUUGAUAUGCGAGCGAAAACGAGUCAGCUGGCGACGAGCGAGAUGUACGACGCGUACGGUCCGGUCCAAGUGAACAUCGGCUGCGACGUCGGCUGCUCGGCGCUGUCCUGCUCGAACGGCGGCCACUGCUCCGUCGCCUGGACGAACACGGAUCCGUCGGCCGUCAAGACGACGUGCGACUGCUCCAGAACCAGUUACACCGGCGCCACGUGCUCUCUGGACGAAGGUGUUCGUCUCGAGACGAACGGAUUCGUCGAGUUUGACAUUUCACAAGAGAUGGCACAGAUAUUCGUGGAGCGGAACGGCCGCAUUCCGCAAUUGUUGAAAUUCGCAUUCUCGGCGAAAGAUGUGGAAGAAUUGGAGGAGAAGGCCGUACUCGCGUCGGUCACUUUCAAGGAAAAGAGGUCAGGAAAAGGGGUACGGGAGAUGGUGCAUUAUGGUUUCAUUGCAGAAAACUGGAGAUUGAGAUCAACCCGAACAGAACGAUCAACGUGGCAAUCACCUAUGAGCAGGGCAAGUCGGAAGUGCUCAAUUUCGUCGGCGACUUCCUCGACGGAUACCGUCAUUUUGUCGUCGUACAGACCAAUCAAGCGGCGUCGACGGCCGUUAUGGUUUGGUUCUUCAAAUUACUCAAGAGCACAAGAUCCCUUUCAGAUUGACUCACUGCGCCAAGACUUUGAAUACCGAGAGUUUGACAAGAACAUUGAUUUGUUCAGCGCGACAACCGUCAGAAUCGGAGACACGCUCACCGAAGACGACGGUCUCGUCAAGAACGGAUUCGAGGGAUGCAUCUCAAGUGAGCGCCGAUCGUUCUGAGACCUCUUUCCGAACCCCGGUCGUUCAGAUCUGCUCAUCGACUACCAGAGAGGCGCGGCUCUGACCUACGAGCCAAUCGCCUAUUACGCGAAUCCCUCGCACCACCGCAGCAAGCUCAUCCGAGCCGAGAAAGCCGUUUUGGGAGGAUGCGCCGAGUUCGAAGUGCCCAAUUCGCUACCAGGUUCUCUUGAGUGCACUUCAAAUAGUCUAAUAUAAUUUAUUGGUUUAUAGUCUAUCAGAAUCGGGUCAAGUUUCCAGUCUGGGAAACGGAUUUCAAACGAUUCAUCUAUCAUGGUGACAUUGAAACGCCCGACGAUUCGGCCGACAGCACCGAUUGGACACAACAGGACAGCGGAUCACGUGAGUUUCAGUGUUGGCUGUGGAGCUAUCGAAAAGUGUGCAUAAUGUUUCGAUGAGCCACGGCGACCAAAAGUGUAGAAAGGGGGCGUGGCCUAAUCUGAGACGCCUUUUCUGAAAAUUGCCGCAAUUCCAGCACUUUUCCGAUAUUUUUGUGAGUUUGAUAUCGACGAAAGAAGAGACAUUAAAGAGAGAAAACAUUGAAAUUUUCGUGAAAACGCCGCGUUUGAGCCGUUUUUGGCAUAUUUCGCAAUUCGGAAUUUUCAUACCGGCCGAUCUGGAUAGUUUUGAGGCGAAGUGAGUGUCGGAAGUGAUUAAGCACGUUAAUACAAGUAUUUUAAGCGUUCAAACGGCAAAAUGUAUCGGCGAAUGACUGAAAUUCGCGCAUUUUCAGCACAAAACUUGAAAAUCGAUUCGAUUGAUUUAUUUCUGAAUGAAACCUGCUCGUUUUAAGCUCAAAAAGUGCGCGAUGAUUAGUUUGACAAAGUUGUACAAUUACAUCGUCGAAACCCGUACAAAAUUUGGGUAAUUUUUGACAAAAAACAUGAAAAAUGGGGUUAAAUUUCGAAUUUCUUUCGCGCCAAAAUGGUGAUAAACCGUGCACGCUAGGCCACGCCCCUUUCUAUGUUUUUGGUCGCCGUGUAUGAGCUAUUUACUAGUUGGCAGCUCAGAAAUAUAUACAUCUCUUGUUCAGUCUUGUGGAUUUUCUUCAUAAUAAUUCUGCUGGCGCUCGUCUUCCUGCUCCUCUUCUUCACGUUCAUGAAGUGCUGCCGCGAGAAGAUUCAUGCCCGUAAGUCCUCGGAUGCGUUCCGUUCUCGAAGCAUCUGCUACUUCCCAGGCGACGGUCUCUAUCCCGACGAGGGCGUUCCGUUGAACAUGACGCCGACGAUGGUCAGACAGCCGCAACCGACGCCGCCGAGUGAGUUUUCAGGCGGCGAAAAAAGGAGACUAACAAUACGAAACGGUUUAGGCUCUCCAUUUUCAGAUAAAAAGUUUUCGUUGGUGAGCAGCGAUUACCAUAUUCCGCCGACCAAUGUCGAUUUCAAUAAGGUAAGAGAGCGUACGGUACCUCCCCCCCUUCCCCACACAUCCAUGUUCGUCCUGACCUACCCCCGCCAGUCCCCUCCCGAGUGACGCGUGACACUGUCAGGACGAACAUCACUCGCGCGCCACGAGCAUCACUUCGUCCGGCAUCUCCGGCUAUUUCACCGCUCAGGAAUCCGUCUACGGCGACGAGAAUGACGAGGAGGACGACGACGACGUGGUCGACUUGACGAUCCGCAACGAGGACGAAAGCGACGCCGACACGAUCAGACACAUUGACGACGAGAUUCCGGACGGAAUGGCCGUUGUGUGAGUGUAGUUCCUCCGCACCUCCUCAACUAAUCCUCUUCAGUUCGCGUCCGACCCAAGUGAGCCAUCUCCCGCAGAGAGUCUCCUCGUUCCGAGCCUCCGAUUCGCUGGCCUCGACGACUUCUCCGCGCCCGUCGACGCCCCUCAAACCAGUGCCACCGCCCAGAAUGACGUCCAGUCAAGUCAGUCAUGCUUAG